AUGUCACGAACUCAGUCUAUGCCCGGAGUCAGCGGCUCAGGCCGCAUUUUGUACUCGCCCGGAUUACGACCCGCUAGUCCUUGCCACUCUGGCUCUCCCAGCCGCAUUCGAACGCCGAGAAAGCCUGUCGAUGAAGCCUUCCCCGCGAUUUCCCCGGCCCGGACGAGUGUUCUCGAACAAGAUAAGAAGCAACCCGACCGAAGCAGAUCACCGGUUCUUGGAGGAGCGGCGAUUGUGUCAUCGAGCCGACUCAGGAGAUCCUCAUCUCCUUUCCGAAGUGUGCCACCAUCAACCUCCAGCGCGCUCUGUUUGUUACCGUCGACGCCGUCGUCUGUUUCGUCAGCUUCCUCGUUACGAGGUUAUGAUGUCCUGUCGGGCAGUUAUGGUGGUAGUUUGUCUUCCAUCCCGUCCACACCGACGUCAGCUCGAUCACGCAGCCCCAGCAUCUCGAGUUUGGAAACUAUCCCCGACUCUCCAGAUGCAGAAGAGGCCGCCUUAGAAGCUGAGAGAUUGGCUCAACUCAGGGCUGCCGCAGAAGCAGCGGAUGCUGGCGACUCCUCCGAUUACAAAGGCCGACCGCUUGUGGACGCACCUCCGAGAGGUAGAACCCUUAGCUAUGGACCAAGGGACAAGCGUAAGCGAUGGAGUGUUUGCGGAGCUGAACGACGGGGUGACUUGGACUUGGAGACAAUAUGGGAGGACUGA